AUGACUCCUUCAAGUGCAUCACCGUCUGGGAUGCUAGGGAAUAUUGCCGAGAUCUGCAUAGUCACGCCCGACAUCUACAGAACGAUCGACGGGCUGACGAUGCUUGGAAUCGGCCCGUUUCAGAUUUUCGAGUUCAACUCCGCCACUGUACCACGGCAACAGCACUACGGCAGACGGGGCACGGAUUUGUUCCGAAUCAAAGCGGCGUUUGCAAAGCAGAACUCGCUGGUGGUCGAGCUCAUGCAACCCCUGGCCGGCGGGAGUGAGAAGUCUCUGAUGCAGAAGUUCCUCGACGACAACGGCGGGAGAGAAGGCGUUCAGCACAUUGCCUGGGACAUGGGAGGGAUUCCAAUGGCGGAGAGACUUGCGAAGAUGAGAGAACGGGGCUUCGAGCCGGCCAUGCAAGGGUGGUGGCAGGGCAGAAAGGGCCAGUGUCACUUCUGUUUCUUCGACACCUUGGAAAAGGGCGCCGGCACCGUCUUUGAAACCAUCGACUUCAGUGAAGACUGGGAAGAUCCCGAAUGCGAGUGGUACCCUCGGCAGUCUGUCCCGGAGGACAAGAUGAAAUAG